AAAAACUAAAAUAGAAUUCUUUUUUGUGAAAGAAAAAAGAUACUAAUUAUUUUUGGUGAACACAUGGAGUAUAACUAAAACAUACUGACGAAAAGAGUCCCUUAGUUUUGGACGAUCAUGAUUCUAGAUGAAAGAUACUGACCAUUAAUGGUUGAAAUUUGAGUUUCAUCCUCUGUUUUAAUUACUCAUGUUCACCAACCCUACGUAAUAGCACCUUGGGCCAACAGUCGUCACUCAAAACUGUGUGUUUCUUUAGAGAGAGAGAGAGAGAGAGAUGGGGGGAGAUGAGCAAUUCGAGUCUGCUUCUCUACUGCUUAGUGAUGAUGGGAGCAGGAAGACCAGGAGAAGGAGCACACUUCUCUGCUUUAUAUUUCUUGCUUUCUCAGCCACAACCAUAGCAUUUUUUAGUGUAAGAGGGCAUUACGUUGACUUGAGGUUUUUGGGGGCAAGUGAUGAUCAUAAGCAUCCGAUUAGAAACAACGACGUUGUAGUGUCAGAGGCAGCAGUAGUUGCAGCUGAUGAUGGGCGUUGCUCCGAAAUCGGUGUGUCUAUGCUUGAAAAAGGCGGCCACGCCGUUGAUGCUGCUGUUGCUACUGCAUUGUGCCUCGGAGUUGUUGGCCCCAUGUCUAGUGGGAUCGGAGGCGGAGCUUUCAUGCUGGUUCGCUCCUCAUCCGCGCCCGGUGCACUUGCAAUCGACAUGAGGGAAACUGCUCCAGCAGCUGCUUCGGAGAACAUGUAUGAGAGCAAUGUAGAAGCUAAAGUUCUAGGUGCAUUGGCAAUGGGCACCCCCGGUGAGAUAGCCGGGCUUCACGCUGCCUGGCUCAGCUACGGCCGCUUGCCUUGGAAGGCCUUGUUUGAGCCCGCCAUCAAGCUUGCCAGAGACGGCUUUGUGGUGAGCCCCUGCCUCGGUGAGAAGAUUGCUGGUCAAGAAGAAAAGAUCAUGGCCGACCCCGGCCUAACACGAGUCUUUGCACCCAACGCCACGCUGCUCAAGUAUGGCGACACUUGCUACAAUGUGGAGCUCGGGAACACCUUGCAGGCCAUCGCGGAGGAAGGCCCGGGGGCCCUCUACAAUGGGUCGAUAGGCGAGAGACUGAUCGAGGACGUGAGGGAAGCAGGUGGGAUAUUGACAAUGGAGGAUCUCAGGAACUACAGAGCAAGAGUGACUGCUGCAGUGGAGGCUGAUGCAUUGGGAUACAAGAUUCUUGGAAUGCCCCCUCCUUCUAGUGGAACUGUGGGGCUUGCUCUGGUUCUAAACAUCUUCGAGAGCUAUGGAAACCGGGAUGCUGCUCAAGGUCCGUUAGGCCUGCACCGUCUAAUCGAAGCCCUGAAGCAUAUGUUCGCCAUCCGGAUGAAUCUGGGAGAUCCCGAAUUCGUGGACAUCAGCAGAACCGUGACGGACAUGCUUUCGCCUUCUUUCGCCAAGAUGAUUCGAGAAAGGAUCUUUGACAACACCACAUUCCCACCUGAAUAUUACUUGCCUAGAUGGAGGCAGCUGAGAGAUGAAGGGACUAGCCACUUGUGCGUGGUGGAUUCGGAGAGGAACGCGGUGUCAAUGACGACAACGGUGAACUAUGCAUUUGGAGGAGGGGUGAUGUCGCCUUCCACCGGCAUAAUUCUCAACAACGAGAUGGAUGAUUUCUCAAUACCAAGUGAAGUAUCACCUGAUGAGCUCCCACCUGCUCCAGCUAAUUUCAUUAGGCCAAACAAGAGACCCUUAUCUUCCAUGACCCCCAUCGUUGUCCUUAAAGAGAAUCAACUAGUAGGAGUUUUGGGUGGGAGUGGUGGUAUGGACAUUAUUCCUGCAGUCACGCAGGUUUUACUCAACCAUUUUAUAUUGGACAUGGAACCCCUAGCAGCUGUUGAGAGCCCCAGAAUAUACCACAAGCUUAUUCCGAAUAUUGUCUCCUAUGAGAACUGGACAGUAAUCAAUGGCCAACACAUUGAACUCUCUGAAGAGAGAAAACACUUCUUGAGAGAGAGAGGCCACCAACUGCAAGCUAAAGCGGGGGGCGCAGUCUGUCAGCUCGUCGUUCAAAAUAUUACAAAACCAUCCGACUUAGGAAGGAAACUGAAGAACAACAGAGGGUACAAUGGAAUAUUAACUGGUGUAAGCGAUCCGAGGAAGGGCGGCUGGCCGGCUGCUGUCUGAUCAUAUAUUACACAUUUGGACAAAAGUUAUUGAUCUGUCCCUACCAAUUUUUGGGACUCUCUGUAAAUGCAUUCACAAAGGGGAGUAAUUGAAAGAUAUUGAUAAAAGAUAAACGCUUUCAAAGAACCA